UGUCAUUCCUCAAAGAGAGAGGGAAAGGGGAAGAGAGUGGGAGAGGGAGGGAGAGGGAGUGAGGGGGGAGAGAAAGGAAGAGCACAGCACGGUCUAGUCGGAGGAAAGAGGAGAGAGGAGAGAGGAAAGGAGAGCGCAGGUUUCAGCUUUUCCCUUCAAAUCCUGGAGAGGAGCCUGCAUCACAGAUUCAGAGGAGAUAUUUGGGAACAUGCAAGGUGCACGCUGACCUGAGGAAAUAUGUUGACGCUGCCAUUCGAGGAACCCCAUUUGAUGUGCGAGCCGCGGUUUGGUGCCAACUAUCCCCGGGAAGGCUUACCUGGGAGCCUGGAGAAGGAGCGAAAAAACGACGCAGACAGCUCCAACUCAGACAUGCGGGAGGCCGAGGACGACAUCUCCGACAGGGAGGAGGACGAAAGGGAGGGCGACCAGGACGACGACGGGCUUCCUAAAAAGCGGGGCCCGCGAAAAAAGAGGCCCGGUAAGUCGGAGACGGACAGGUCCAAAGUGCGGCGCCACGAGGCGAACGCGCGAGAGCGCAGCCGCAUGCACGGCUUGAACGACGCGCUGGAGAGCCUGCGCAAAGUCGUGCCGUGCUACUCGAAAACUCAAAAGCUGUCCAAGAUUGAGACGCUCAGGCUGGCAAAAAAUUACAUCUGGGCCCUGUCGGAGACUCUGAGCGCCGGCAAGAGACCGGACCUCCUCGCCUUCGUGCAGACUUUGUGCAAAGGAUUAUCCCAGCCCACCACCAACUUGGUGGCGGGUUGUUUGCAGCUGAACGCGAGGAAUUUCCUCACAGACCACAACGGGGAGGUCGUGUUCUCCGGCCGAGCGCCCUACGACGCCAUGUACUCGUACCCCGGCUCGGACGUGAACACGCCCCCCGGCCACAGCGGGGGCAGCUUGGACAGCGGCGCCAAGCCGUUCAGACACUACAGCUACAGCGGCGCGUACGAGCCCUACUACGAGAACCCGUCCCCGGAGGGCGGAAGCCCGCACUUCGACGGCCAGCUGAGCCCGCCGAUGAACUUUAACGGGAUUUUCUCCCUGAAACACGACGAUCCGCCGGAGUACGGCAAAGGCGGCCACUACGGCGUGCGCUACUGCGGCGCGCCGGGGCGCGCGGCUCUCGCGCACAACUCCAUGUACCGGGUGUCCCCAGAGGGCCGCUUCCCCUACGACCUGCACGUCCGCGGCCAGUCGUUCCCAGCGCAGGGGGAAGUCAACGGCUCCUUCCACAAUUAAUCGACCGGCUGGACGAGAGUGCCACGUGUCAGAAGCGAUGCAAUGUCCGCCCCGCGCGCAGAUGUCCAGGGCGGAACGAAUAGGGGCUCCGGACCCUGACGCCCCGUUCGAACUGUUCGUUUUACCUUAAAUGUGCAGUCUUGGGUUUCUUUGAAAAUACGUUUAAAUUUGAAAUGUCACUUGUUCUCAUAUUUGAAGAGGACAACAACAACAACAAACAAACAAACAAACAAAAAAGAGACACAACAACGCCUUUGGUUUGAAAAUAAAUGCAAUGACUUCAAUUUGAGUUAUUUAAAGACGACAUAACUGAAAUAGUUUACUUUACUAGUGGAAACAUAUCAAGAGAACUUCGUUUAAGAUGCAAGUUUCGAGCAAGUAAUUAGUGUAUUUUUUUUGUUAAUUGCUGCGCUGCGGUUUGUCCGUCAUGCCAUUGGAGUAAUUUAAAAGUGAUACAAAGAACAAUGAAUUCGAUUUUUCAGCUUAUUUAAUCAGCUUCACGGGAGACACUGAAAAUGUUUUUUCUUGGAGAAAUAAAAUCAGCUACCGGGGAAGAACAAUCUAAAGACGUUUCACCUCAUCAGGGAAGUUUGCUGAGACAUGAUUGGAGUCCAGAUAUUCAGUCUGUUAGCAAUAAAGGUAAAUUGAGCUAUGCAAGGCAGCCAGAUGCAAUCUUUGCGCAUAAAAAUGAAGUGAUGCUGUUUCCACUCGCAAGGCGUUUCUCAUAAUCUAAUGAAAAGGGAUCACAAUUACACGAAAUUAACUAUUUUGUAAAAGCCCGUUUGGACACCUGCACGUGUUUACAAGACCUGAUGAUGAUGAUGAUGAUGUCAUCUGAACUGGUCCCAUAAAUACAGGAAGUUGUGGAACAAAAAUACUAAAACGCAUUUGUAUUUGGAGUAAUAGUGUGGUAACGAGGUGAAUGUAAAUUAUUGUAUUUAUUUAUUUAAGCUUAUUUAUUAUAAGUCCGUCAAUUUGAAUGUGGAUAAUAUAUUAUUAAAUUAUGUAAAAUGAAGAAAUGUUACGGUUUUUAUGUGAAUUUCCAUACAUUUCAAAUUGGCUUACGUUGCAUUGUUGUGUGUUUCACCGCAGCUGGAAGGGAAGUCAUUCUGUGUGAGGUGAACAAAGUGAUUCACGAAUCUGAACAACAUGCCUUAAAAAAAAAGAGACGACGACCAUCGAUAUGCAACGAUAGGACAGUUUUGGAUAGUUUGAUGUGAACUUUUUACACUUUCUUGUUCUCGCUGAAGAGCAGCUGUAAUGCACUUCAUGUAUUUCUGCACAAUGUUGGUGACUGUAUUCAUAAAUUCAGCUCAUUUUGUAACAUUACCCGAAUGAUGAAUGCUUUUUGGAUGAUUUUCAAUUUUUCUGUCUCUCUCUCUCUCACAGAAGCACACAAACACACAUGCACCUUUACACUCACUACUCCCUCUCAAACACACACACACACACGUCCACGCAAAUUCCUAAAAACUCGUUAUGGAUCGAAAUAUUCGUGAAGUAAGGUGUUCAUGUUUUGUGAUGUGUUUGUCGCAAUAAAAGUAAGAGGCUGUCAGAGA